AUGACUGACCAGGGCAACAAUAAUCACAACAUCUCCUGCAACCCCUUUGCUGCCCUCUUUAGCUCACUGGCUGAUGCCAAGCAGUUUGCAUCAAGCCAAAAACCACAACAGCAGUCUGCUCAACCGCCCUCGGAGGACUCUGGAGACAGCCAGUCAGAGUCUGAGAAUUCUGUCUCUGACAGUGUCGACGACAACGAUGACUCCGUGGCAGAGAUCAGCCGCUCCUUCCGGUCCCGGCAGGAGCUCUGUGAGCAGCUCAAUGUCAACCACAUGAUCCAGAGGAUAUUUUUAAUCACUCUCGAUAACAGUGAUCCCAGUCUGAGAGGAGGUAAUGGGAUCCCUCCUCGGUGUGUUUACUUGGAAGAAAUGGCUGCAGAUCUGGAUGGUCAGGACUGGCUGGACAUGGACAACAUAGAGCAGGCUGUGUUUAACCGCCUGUUGCUAUUAGAACCAGGAAACCAUCUCAUUUACAUGACAUCCUGCAGUGCAGUGAACCUCUCUGCUGACCGGGAUGCAGGAGAAAAAUGUGCCAUCCCUUACCUUUUUGCUUGUUACCAGAGAGCCAAGGAGGAGUUGACAAAGGUUCCUGAAAAGUUACAUUCAUUUGCUGUCCGCUGCAAGAACCUGACUGUGUCCAACGGGCGAACUGUUCUGCUCACUCCAGAGAUCUACGUCAAUCAGAAUAUCUAUGAGCAGCUGCUCGACCUGCUGCUCCAAGGUUUCACUGCAGCACGGCCCGAGGAGGUGGUUGAGUUUGUAGAAGAGGUCAUUGCAGGUCUGCUGUCAGACCAGGAGGUGCGUACCUUUGAGGAGGUGAUAGUCCCAGUCUUUGAUAUCUUCCAGGGGCGCAUUAAAGACUUGGACCUCUGCCAGCCUCUGCUCUACUUCUAUCUGGAUGUCCUCCUUUAUUUUAGCCACAAUAAGGAUAUUGCAAAGGUGUUGAUGGAGCACAUACAACCCAAAGACCCAGCUAAUGGUCUGCAUUACCAGAAGAGCCUGCUGGGGAUGGUUUUGAAUAUAUCCUGCUUGCUGAAAACCCCAGGCGUUGUAGAGGGGCAUGGCUACUUCCUGAACCCUUCUCGCUCCAGUGGCCAGGAGACAAAGGUCCAGGAGGCCAACAUUCACCAGUUCAUGGGUCAAUAUCACGAGAAACUGCACCAGAUCAUGAAAACCCUCCUGCAGCGGUCUGCCGAAACACGCCACUUGCUGCUCACCUGGCUCGGCAACUGUCUGCAGGCCAAUGCAGGCCGAGCUAAGAUCUGGGCCAACCAGAUGCCAGAGAUCUUCUUCCAAAUGUAUGCCUCGGAUGCAUUUUUCCUCAACCUGGGCGCUGUUCUCCUGAAACUCUGCCAGCCUUUCUGCAAGCCUCAUUCAUCUAAGCUGCUCACUUUUAACCCCACUUACUGCGCGCACAAAGAUGUGAGCGAAGAAGAGCGGCGAAACCGCAACAUCCACGCAAGAGGUCUCGACAAGGAGACCUGCCUGAUCCCAUUGCCUCCUCAGCACCAGGUUGAGUUUGCACAAUCCUACAGCCUACUGACUGAAAACCUCAUCUUCACACAGCUCACUCUGCAUCUUGGCUUUCACAGACUGCAUGAGCAGAUGGUCAAGAUGAACCAGUCUCUCCACCGGCUCCAGGUGACAUGGCAGGAUGCCCAGCGAGCUGGCAGCCCCAUGUCAGAGCAGCUCUUGGAGCAGUUUGAGCGUCUGAUGAUGGUUUAUCUGUCAACCAAAGCUGCCACUACACAGCCCGUCAUGCUGCAAUGCUGCCUUAACCUCCAAGCUUCCACUGCUGCUCUGCUAGUUCAGCUUAGCAUGGGAAACCAGGGGCCCGAACAUGUAGCACUCAGCUUUCCUCUGGCAUCCCUGCACAGCUCCAUGCUCUGCUAUGUACCUGAGUUUUUUGCUGAAAACAUGGGAGACUUCUUCAUCUUCCUGCGACGCUUUGCGGACGAUGUCUUGGAGACGUCUGCAGAAAGUCUUGAGCAGAUCCUUAACUUCAUAACAGUCUUCAUGGGAAACGUUGAGAGGAUGAAGAAUCCUCAUUUAAGAGCAAAGCUAGCAGAGGUGUUAGAAGCUGUGAUGCCUCACAUGGAGCCCCUGGCUCCUGGUGCUGCUCAGCCAAUCGUUUUCCAGAGAGAGAGAGUCUUCUGCUCCUAUGUUCAUGCACCUCAGCUGGCUGAGGCCCUCAUCACUGUGUUUGUUGACAUUGAAUUUACAGGCGAUCCUCAUCAGUUUGAACAGAAAUUCAACUACAGGAGACCCAUGUAUCCGAUUCUGAAGUACAUGUGGGGCAAAGAGAGCUAUAGAGAGAGCAUUAAGCAUUUAGCAAACUAUGCAUCUGAGAACCUGGAGGCCAUGAACCCCCCUCUGUUCCUCCGGUUUCUCAACCUGCUGAUGAAUGAUGCCAUCUUCUUACUGGAUGAGGCCAUUCAGUACUUAAGUAAAAUUAAGAUUCUGCAGCUGGAGCGUGACAGAGGGGAGUGGGAGAACCUGGCCCCUGAUGCCAGAAGAGAAAAAGAGUCGAGUUUGCAGAUGUUCGGACAACUGGGGCGCUUCCAUAACAUCAUGUCCAAUGAGACUAUUGGCACACUGGCCUUUCUGACCUCAGAAAUCAAGGGUAUCUUUGUGCACCCGUUUCUGGCUGAGAGAAUCAUCUCCAUGCUGAACUACUUUCUGCAGCACCUGGUUGGUCCAAAAAUGGGUGCACUUAAAGUCAAGGACUUCAGUGAGUUCGACUUUAAGCCGCAGCAGCUCGUUUCUGACAUCUGCACGAUCUACCUAAACCUGGGUGAUGAGGAGAACUUCUGUGCCACUGUCCCAAAGGAUGGACGCUCAUACUCGCCUACACUCUUCUCCCAGACUGUUCGUGUGCUAAAGAAGAUCAACAAGCCCGGCGACAUGAUUGUGGCGUUCGGCCUCCUUGCAGAUAAAAUUAAGUCCCAUGCUGAUAGGCAGCAGCAAGAAGAGGAAACCUAUGCUGAUGCCCCAGAUGAAUUCUUGGACCCUAUUAUGUCCACCCUGAUGUUGGAUCCUGUCCUCCUCCCCUCUUCCAAUGUAACUGUUGAUCGAUCCACCAUUGCAAGACAUCUCCUCAGUGACCAAACAGACCCUUUCAACCGCAGUCCUCUCACCAUGGACCAGAUCAAGCCGAACGAGGACCUCAAACAGCAGAUCUUACAGUGGUUGGAACAGCAUCGGCAGGACAGGCAGCAGCUGGGAUCCAGCGGCUAGUAGUCCCAGACUUUCGGCUGUGAAGAUCAUUGACUCUUCUUCUACUAUUGUUUUUGCUCCUUUGCUUCAGUGGCAAAUCCAUACUUACCUCUGUGGAUUUAUUCUUACUUCUCUGCUCUAGCUGCUUUUGAAUUAGCCCCUUCUGACAAGCAUCCUUUUUAAUUGUAACUCUCUGUGAAAACAGUCCAUGCAAAUUUUUACUUUAAUUGUAGCUGUGUUCCUCACAUAGUGCCCAGUUGGGGUAGCCCCUUGCAGGAUGAUGCAGCUCCUGCUUGUACGGCAACCGCAGUGGGAUUCAGAGCCAGAAGCAUCCGUUCAGGGUGAACUCCCAUCUAACUUUUGUAUUAUGUAGGGUAGGUGUCUUAGGGCAAGUCAUGGGUUAAAAUACUGAUGAAAGUGUUUGGAUGAAGAAUAUACUAUGUUCUGCCUUUAAACGUUCACAAAUACUACAUAUAAUUGAUCUGUUGGCUAAAUCUUAGCAGGCUCAUUGUGCUCAAAAUUAGCUUAAGUCAAACAUAAUUUAGAUAUUUUUGAAUAAAAACAGUCCGGUUUAACUUCUUUGAUGUUAAAGACCUUAAAACAUUGUAUUUAGAUUUUAAAACCAUACAUUAAUUAAAUCAAGCUUACAGAAACUCAAAAGGUGGUCAAAUCAAUUGACACAGAUUUAGCUCAUGAACCAUUAGGACUCUCUCAGAUUCACUGAUUCACAAGAAAUACACUGUACCCUCGUAACCACACCCAAAAAAUCCAACAAAAAGUGUGUUUCCUGUUGGAUGAGAGGAAUUCAACUAUUUUAAGUCAUAUGAAGAGAACCAAAAAUAAUAAAUUACAAAUGCAUGGAUUUUUCAUAACUAGUAGAUUUAUAGAUUCCUAAUUAUGUAAACUGAAAAUGUAGCGGCUUCUUACAGCAGUUGCAAAUGCGACCUGAUGGUGUUGUUACAAAUCUUAAACUGGAAUUAUUGACAGCAAUUAAACCUCUUGGAUUUUCAGAGCUUUUGCAAGCUUCCCAAGACAAUUUGACUGCCUGACUUUUUAUCAUAAAUUAUGGAUCAUUUUCAGAGAGGGGUUAGGCUCCUCCUCAGGUCCUCUUGAUCCAAACAGAUGAGAACAUUUAACAACAUUUAUGUAACAGAGUCCAUCUGUCUGUGUUAUUUGUUUCACUGGACUUGACUGGACUCAAGUUGAAGUUAAUUACCUUCACAAUCACUUUAAUCUGGAUAAAAAAAGCAACUAAAAUUGUUAUAGUUACCUUGGAGGAUGUAAAACAUAUAAAAGCACUUGCCAGCUCACUGGUGGAUCCUAAUUAAGCAUUUUAGUGUAGAGGAUUAACGUGUAGGUUGCCGGUUGACCACUAGAAUUGAUGCUGAAAACCCAGAGCCUUGCUUUAAAUGUCAGCAGUUUAGUUUUACUCCUUUAAACACACUCACACUAAUUAGUUUCUGUAAAAUUAAGCAGCUUUGUAGAAGACUUGUAAAAUUGAAAUCGAAGAGGUUCACCUUAAAUAAGAGUUAUUCAAAUUUGAGGAGAGGAUUUAUUAGCAUGCUCUGAUUUCGAUUUAAUUUUUAACCAUCUUAAUCAUCUCAUUUGAAUUACAAUGCAAUGUUUUUGUUUGAAUUGUGACUAAAAGAUUAUUUUGGAUGUACAGUAUGAAUAAUAAAACUUAUAUAAAUUA